AUGGAGAAAAAGAAAGUUACUUUAAACUUUAUACUUCUCAUCGCGGCUGCCGUCAACUACGCUCGCAACAGCGGAGGAAAAUUCUUCACUUCCUCGGAAGGUAACAAAAACCCCGCGGGCGGCGACUCUUCUGAAAUCGGUGGAUGGCUUGGCGAGAAUCCCCUUCAAGACGAGGUCUUCUAG